AUGUCGAAGCCUGCAUUGAUGCUUUAUAUUGCUGCCAUAGCCAGUCCCGUUACAGGAAGGCCAUCAAAGCCAUACAAAAACAGCGCGCAUAGGGAAGACCAAGUUUCUGCGUCGGCCUUCUCAACUGAGGCGAACUGUGGUCUACUUUACUAUUUCUGUGGUAUCUUCCCCUUUCCUUUGCCAAUAUAUGGCGGAGGUGGAGUAGUUCCCGCUCUCGUUGUUCGAUUAACAGCUGGCGAGCUGACUCUAGCGGAUGAAGAUCCGGUAGCACCCGAGGAUACGUUUGCUGGUCUUGGCCGCGCCGACCCGGCAGCGCUACCCGCAAGAGAGGCAGCUCCUAGUCCACCGGACCUCGAAGAGCUUGCCGUUGGCUUAGAUGUUGAUGGUUUCUUCGAUGCCAAUUGA